AUGAGGUUGAUACUUUCUACCGGAAACAUCGUCAGCAGUGGACCAUCUGUCCUCAGAAGACCGGCGACAGAGAAGUCCAAUGUGGAAUUUCUGAACUCGCUACGAUAUAACUUCGUUUCCGCGCAAGAGAUCGAACCCUCACACACCAACUCGCCAUGCGAAGAGACGCAUUCGCCGCCCCAGAAGCUCUCCUAUAGCGACUAUACUACCUGGACUUCCAGAGAUGGCGACACGCUAUAUGUGCCCUCCCUAGACUUUUCAAUGUCUGGCCUGUCUGAAGAUCGUUCGCAGUACGAUGUCACUGUGAAGCUUUUUUACCUUCCAGGAGUACCAGCGCAGCGGAGAUGUCAACAUGCGCGGGAAUCAAUCGAUCUAGUCCUCAAGGAGCUGCAUAUAAGCUGCAUAGAUUUGUUGAUCGUCUCGUUUCCGGAGGUCACAUUUGAUGCGGAUGACGAGGGCGAAGAAGAGCUGUCGAACAGCGAAGAGAACGGGUCGGAACUAGACAAUAUUGUCAAGACAUGGCGGGCCUUGGAGGCCAUGCAUGAGCAAGGGAUAAUAGCUCAACUCGGCAUAGCUGAAUUUGACAGUUCACGCCUCGCGAAGCUCCUGGCACAAACAAAGAUUCGGCCCAAUGUCGACCAGAUCAACGUCAAAGAUUGCUGCGUCGUACCGAAAUCGUUGAUCCUUUAUGCAAAACAAGAGAACAUCGAGCUCCUUACACACAAUGACUGCACGGAUAUCCUUCCCCGAGGCACCACUCGAGACCUGCUAUCUCGCACCGAAAAGGGUGCCGGUAUACUUGCUGCCACAGCUGGCGCCGACGAUGGUGGUAUAAAGGGCGAUGUCGACCCCCAGUGGGUCAUCAAGUAUACCGCCGUGGUUAAAGACAGAGGUGUGAUUGAGAACAAAGGAUAUUUUGCCCUAGCAGAUGUCGGGCCUUGA